CGUAUUCCAACACUUUCCAACUUCUUCUCAAAUUACCAAAGCAAAAGCCAAACUAAAUACAUCAUCAUCCAUCCAUAAUUCCAUACACACCGACCCACCAACCCCUCAAAUCUCUUCUUCUCCUUUUCAUCCCCAAAAUCAAUCAGAGAAAUCUAGAAACUCACACAUAAACAUCAACCACCAAUUAUCUACUGCCAUUAUUUUUCUUCUAUAUCCCACCACCACACUUCACAUUUUAUUAUUCUUUAUACAAUAUCCUAAUCCAUUCUUUUCUCUUUUUCAUUAUUAAUAAUAAUAUUAAUUCUAUAUUUCACUUUCACAUUACAAUCUCAUUCUCAUCAUCCACCUCUUCUUCUCUAGUCAAGUCAAACUCAAUCCACCUUCUUCUUUUUCUUCAACAAAAAAAUGACUACUUUUUCAAAGAGUCUUGUUUUCACCACAACUAUGCUUGUUUCAACUACUGUCCUUUAUCUAGCUUUUUCAAGAAAAGUUAUCACCCCAACAAUUCAAAUUCAUGGAAAUCACAUUCCUAUCAACUCUAACACAAGAAUUCUGCGUUCUUGUUUGUAUACAGAGGAGAUGAAGAGGGAGAGGAAGAUGAACCCAAAGACGAAUAAAAAGAAAGUUAGAUUUGAAGAAGAUGUGAAAGAAACAAGAGAAAAGAGUGAGGUGAUGAUGAAAGAAAAACAGAGGAACCAAAACAGAGUAAAUAGCAACUGUGGAAACGAAACGCAGAAAAACUGUGGAAUGCCGGCGAAUAGAAUCAAUCUUUACAAUGGGAUUUUGAGGGAACGUGUUUAUAGGAUGGAAAGUUGUCACUGAUUCUGUUUGGAUGAAGAUUGGAACAGAAGAAAUUAUAUGAAACCGUAUAUUUCAUUUCUCUUGCUCUGUGUUUCCUCUGUUUUUUUGUUUUGUUUUGGUAGUUCUAAUAUUUAGAAGUUUUGUAGUUUUGUGGUGAGGGUAUUAACACAUAUGCAACUGUUGUGUGGCUGUGGAGAUAUGUUGACCAGUGACCACAACUCAAUUUGAUCUGCUGAUCCAACUCAGCACUAGUUAUUUGAGAUUGGAUUUUUUUUUAGCAAGAUAUUGGAUUUUUUUUGUUAGGUAAACAUCUUAGAUAUUGGAUUUGAUUCAAUAAUAUUUAGAUUAUAUUA